AUAAGUUGGUAUUAAUGGACUAAACAUAUUAAUUCCUCCACACACACACGCAAUCUCUCUCAAAUGGCGCUCACUAAUUGUCAAUCUCUAUUGGCGAUUUUGGUGCUUUUGCUACCCAUAGCAACCAAAGGAGAUGACCAUAUUCCUCCAAGCCUUUCUCCCUUUUUUGGGUUGAAAUUUUGGUCGAUUUACUCCAUGAGAAUUUAUGUAACGAGGUUGAAUGUGGAAGAGGGAGUUGUGAAGCGGCUCUGGGUUACCCUUUUAACUUUAGGUGCGACUGUGAUGAAGGAUGGAGGCGGACCCGUCUUGAAGAUGACGAUGAGCGAGACUUUGAAUUCCUACCAUGCAUCAUCCCAAAUUGUUCUUUGAACUAUUCGUGUAUGCCGGCCCCUCCACCAGCGCCACCAACUCCACACAACUUAUCCUACUUUGAUCCUUGCUAUUGGGUCUACUGUGGAGCAGGAAGUUGCACAAGGAAUGCAACACAUACACACACGUGUCAAUGCAAUCCAGGCUACUCUAAUCUUCUCAAUAUCUCUGCCUUCCCAUGCUACAAUGACUGUGCUGUUAAUUCAAACUCUUGUGGGCGACUUGGAAUAGUUCAGGGUAGGUCUACUUCAAAUACGAAUCCGGCAAGUGAUAGUAAUCAAGCUAUGGCUAUUUCUUUGGAGAAGUUUAGUUGGAUUGCAAUAUUAUUUGCAACUACUGUGAUGGUUUUGUCAAAAUAAAUUCUAUCUAUAUGAUGAUGUGUGUGCUUUUAUUCUAUUUAUUAUUAUUAUUAUUUAGGACUGCCAUUAUUUCUUUUUGGACUAAGAUAUUCGCUCAUGUGUUGAUAUGAAUAAUGCGAAAGUGCCGAGCUUGUAUAUAAUAGACAUUGGUUUUUAUUUUUAUUUUUACCCUUAAUUUCGAGUUUAGUAUUUACAAUGUGAUGAGUGAUAUGGAAAAGGAGGAUCAGGUAAGAUUUUUUGUUUUUUAGAAUAAAAUAUUAUCCCAAUUGCCUUGUAUUUUUUUUUCUCUAU